AUGUGUUCAAUUUUUCUCAACCAGACUGUAAUAUGGUCGGCAAACCCAGUCAUGUAUUGUGUUUGUACUGUUGUAUCUCAUCAAAUGUUUCUUUCAAAUUAUCAGAAUGUCGAGACACCUUUUGUUAGUGGUUCUGUGCUUAGACAAGGAAAAUGUUCAAAGGAGGGGAGAACAAAAAAGCAUGACAUACUUCAAAUUAAAACAAAAGAAGGGUAUAUAUGGGUUAAGGCAUCACUUCUUGGAAAUGGAAUCAUUAAGAUGGAAACUGUUCCAAGACUCAACUCAACUGCUGAAUUCAGAGAAAAGUUACUCAAUUUCAAAAGUAGAGAUAUGCCAAAGCCCUCGGGAUCGGCUUAUAAAAAGAUGAAGGAGGUUGUUACUUCUGAUGUUCUUACUAAUCUAUUCAAAACGUGUUCAGAUCCAUCGAAUAUAGUUCAAGCAAGAUUCGAUAAAAUACCACUGAUAACUCAAAAUGUUCCUACUUAUAUAUGCAAAACAGAAGAAGAAGUCAACAGAAGAAUAAAGAGAAUAAUUGAAAAUGCGAAAGAAAUAUAUGACUGCGCGGCGGUUGUCGACUUAGUCAUUCAGUUUGCAGUUGAAUAUUCACAAAUAUUAGUGCUUUGGCGAUUAAAAAACGAUUUAUUUGGUUAUGAAAAAGAAAUAAAAGACCACUGUGAAAAGAUAGGACGGAUGUUAGGGCUAAUCCACAUCAUCAACACUCAGCCAUUAAGUCAGCAUCUUGACUUAGUAGUGGCAUGUUGGGAUGUCACACAGAAAAUGGAUGAUGUUAUUGUUGAUUCUGGUCACAUAAUGAAAGAGAAUCGUCUGUUCACGUGGAACGAAAAAAAUAAGAAGAAAUUCAACGAAGCCACGAAAGCUUCCAAUCCUUACUAA